AUGGGUGCCCCCAUCGACAUUCCUCCCCUUCAGCCCACGCCCGUCGACGACAUCCGCGCCCGGGUCGCCAAGGUGCGCGCCUCGUUUUUCGAGCAGAAAACCCGUCCCGUGCAAUUCCGUCUCGUCCAGCUGCGCAAACUCUACUGGGCACUGAAGGACAAUGAAGACCGCAUGGUCGAAGCGCUCCGCCGCGAUCUGGGCAAGCCCGUGUUCGAGUCGUACAUUUCGGAGAUCGGAUGGGUUCAGAAUGACAUCGUGUUUGUCAACCGUCAUCUCGAGAAGUGGGUCAAGGAUGAGCCGGCCCCGGACAUCAGCUUCAUGUUCAAGUUUAUGAGUCCCAAGAUCCGGAAAGAUCCCCUGGGCUGCGUCCUGGUGAUCGGCGCCUUCAACUAUCCCUUCCAGUUGACGCUGGGCCCCGUCAUCGGGGCCAUUGCCGCCGGCAACACCGUCGUCAUCAAGCCCAGUGAGGGUGCUCCGCACAGCGCCGUCGUCAUGCAGGAGAUCCUCGAGGCCGCUCUCGACCCGUCGUGCUAUACUGUUGUGCAGGGUUCGGUCCCGGAAGUGCAAGCACUUCUUGCAGAGCGCUGGGACAAGAUCUUCUUCACCGGCAGUGCCAAUGUCGGACGUAUUGUCGCACAGGCUGCUGCACCAACCCUCACCCCCGUUGUGCUCGAGCUGGGUGGCAUGAACCCGUCCAUUGUGACUCGGAAUGCGAAUCCCCGGCUCGUGGCCCGGCGGAUGCUGUGGCCCAAGGUCAUGAACGCGGGUCAAGUCUGCACGUCGCAGAAUUACCUGCUGGUCGAGAAGCCGAUCCUGCCGGCGGUGAUUGAAGAAUUCAAAAAGGCCUACAAGGAGUUCUAUCCCAACGGUACCAAGAACUCCCCGGACUAUUCGCGGAUCGCCAACGAGCGGGCCUUCCGUCGGAUCAAAGCCAUGAUCGACAACAGCAAAGGCAAGAUCUUGCUGGGAGGCACCAUGGACGAAAAGGAGCUCUACAUCGAACCCACCAUCGUCCAGAUUGACUCCCCGGAGGAUUCGAUGGUGGCGGAAGAAAGCUUUGGCCCUCUGAUUCCCAUCCUGCCGGUUGACAGUCUGGAUGAGGCGAUCAAGAUCGCCAAUAAGAUUCAAGACACGACGCUGGGCGUCUACGCUUUCGGAACGAAGGAAGAGACUGAGAAAGUCCUUGCGUCCACCCGCUCGGGAAAUGCUGCCCUCAACGAUGCCCUUUUGCACAUCCCCACUCUGCCCUUUGGUGGUGUAGGGGAGAGCGGUGUCGGUGCAUACCGCGGAAGAGCCAGUUUCGACACGUUUGUGCAUCGCCGGCCUGUCACCAACACGCCUUCCUGGUUGGAGGGUCUGCUUUCCAUUCGGUAUCCACCAUACGCGGGCAAGCUGGCCAAGUACAACGCGUCGUUCAAUCUCGCGCCGGAUUUCGACCGCGAGGGGCGCAAGAGCCGGCUCACCUGGUUGCGAUGCCUGCUGACGCUGGGUGGAGGGACACCCAAAGCGGCGGCUGCUCGGGCUACUGCUGUUGCAGUUGUUGUUCAAAUUUCUUACUGUCCUUUCGUCAGACAAAGACAAGUGAGAGAUGGAGUCGAAGUCGGUCACGAAGGCUGGUCGUUAUCUUGA